GCCCUCUCGAAUCCCUCCUCACGCACUGACCACUCUCCUUCCGUUCUUCCCUCCACUGCGAGAUUUCGACACCUUUCCUCCCUUCUCUUUUGCUCUCUCGAGAUUGCCGACUCUUUCGUCCUUCUUUCCCCUUUCUUUCUUUCUUUCGUUCUUCUUUCUGGGUGUUUCUUUCUGUUUUAGUUUAGGUAUGGAUUCGUACCCUUUACCCAUCGGAGUCCCUAUUCCAUUUCGAGCUUCCAAGAUGCCUAUCUUCGUUGGAAUUCUUGCCGGGUUUCUUUAAGAAGCGCUUGCCCUGUUUUCUUCUCUGAAACCAGGAGCCUUCCGCGGCGAUUUUGGGAUUGGAAAGUUUUCUUUUUGAUCCUCUGUUCCUUUCAUUCGCGCCUUUUCAGGUGUAAAUUUCGCGUCUUGGAGAGGAAUUAGCCGGCGUUUUCGAGCUUCGGGGACGCCCAGGAUUCAGUCGUGUUUUUUUUCUUUCUUCUAAUCCCCAUCUUACUUUCUCUCUCUUUUCUUCUUUUUGUUGGUGGCGGCAGCUGGUAGGGUUUUUGUGGGGUUUAAUAGGUUUUAAAGAAACCAUUUCCCGAGGUUUAAUUUCUCUUAUAGGGCCUAGAUUUUUCAGGUUUCCUGAGAUAUUUUUCAUGGAAUUCGAUUGAGGUCGCCCCAAUAGCGGCUUAUGAAUAAUAAUAUAUAUUUUCCGUGAAGUGGGGUUUUAGGGUUUUAGCAAAGUGGAAAUUUUUAUUCCAUUUCUCCCUUUGCUUCUUCAUCUGAAGUUUUUUGACAACUAGAGGAAGACAACUGCAUCUGGGUUUAGGGUUUUAGGACCAUCUGGUUUUAGGAUUCCAAGCCCCAUAGACUCUGCAAUCACUAUUAUUCUAUAGCUUCUUCAAGAAACGAUGUCUUCGUGCCUCAGCGGCGGCAGCCGAACCUAUGGGUUCGACCUCGAUAUCGUGAAACCCUCCUCUUCCUCCUCGUCGGCCCGGUCCUCCCACACCUCCUCUCCUUCCUCCACCCUCUCGGAGUCGAGCCACUCCUCGCGCACCAUCUCCAUCAAGAAGGCUCGAACCCCUCGAAAAAGGCCUCACCAGACCUACAAUGAGGCUGCCGCCCUCCUCUCCACCAUAUACCCCAACAUCUUCUUCACCAAGAAGAGUUCAAGGAAUAUAUCCAAGCAAACCAAGCUAUUCGGCUCCUUCUCCGAGUCCUGCUCCGAGCUCCUCCCUCCCUUCCCUGUCCCCGGCGAUGCCGCAUUCCUCAUCCGCGAGUCGUCCCCUGAAAAACCAGCCUUUCGAAUCGAGCCCACGCUGAAGAGCUCCUUCGAGAAGAAGAGCACGAGCUCGGUGGGGAAUGAAUUCCGAGAGCCCUCUUCUCCUGACCCCCUUGAGGAGGACUUCGAUGCGGAAUCCAUCCUUGACGAGGAGGCCGAAGAGGGCAUUGAUAGCAUCAUGGGCAACCUCAGCAUGAACGCCGCCACCAAUGCCGACGACAAGGAAGAACUCACCAAUGACAAUUCCCACAUCAAUCCCUCCCUUCGGAGCCUGAUGGGGUUCGGCUUAGGCGGCAAGCUGGAGCUCGGCUUUGGAUUUCAGUUCCGAAGAGACUUGCACCGGGCGUUGAGGCAUUCCGAUGAUAGGGAAUGGUGGAGCUCUCCGACUGUUCCCAUGCAAGAGAUUGUCCCCAAAUUUAAGACCUCGACGCCGUCAUCAGAGAAGAAGAAGAAGAAGAAGAAGAAGGUAGAGAAGGAGGAAGUAGGCGACAUGCAGACCGCCGCCGCCGCCAAACCGGGGAACUUGAAGUCUGGUUUGGGACUCAAAUUGAACCAUGAGGAGGUCCUCAAGGCAUGGUCUGGCCAUGGUUCCGUAUUUGCCGAUGGUCCCGACUCGCCUCAUUCUUCCGCCGAAGCUCUCGCCAAGCUAGCCGACAUCGAUCUGUUUCCAGAGGCCGGCGGCGGCGGCGGGGUGCGGGAGGCGAGCGUGCUAAGGUACAAGGAGAAGCGGAGGACCCGGCUCUUCUCCAAGAAGAUCCGGUACCAGGUCCGGAAGGUGAACGCCGACCGACGGCCCCGGAUGAAGGCAAGUGGCCGGUUCGUUAAAAGACCUUCCCUUCUCCAGCAAGCGUUAGAGGGGGAGAGCCAAUAGAUUCAUGAGUUCUUGGAGGAAUACAGUACUUUUGUUCAGGCUUGUGAAAUUCUUCUUGCUGAAACUUUUGAAUAUGGAUAGAAUAGAGAGAAAGAGAGAGGCUCUUUGAUGAAUUUGAGAGCCACCAAAUGGGAGGUUUGAACUUUGAAGUGAAUGUCAGAGAAAAUAAUUAAAUUCAGUAAAUUUUGCCUUUGAUUAUUCUUAAAA